AUGCAAGAAACAAGGAGUCAAAUAGAUACUGUAAGACGUAUAGCAAACAAUGCACGUACGGGAUUGGAUACUUUACGAGAAGCACAAAAUACACUAAAGGAAGCAAAUGAUAUUCUUGGCUCAGUAUCAGACAUGCAUGAAGAUUGGCUUAAAGGUAUUGACAAAUCUUUAAAAAAUCACAGUCAGUCUAUUGCUGACUACAAGAAAAGUAUAGAUUUUUUACAUAGUGCUAUGGACGUACAUGAUGGAAGCAUAAGGAACUUACUUAAUGCUAACAAUAACUUACCAGGAACUAUUAAAGCAUUUAUAAAGUCCUUUGUAAAACCUGGUGCUCUAACAUUUAGGUCUUUGAGAGCAAGAGCAUUGAAGUCAAGAGAUGCAGAAACUCCAACAGAAACUCCAGAAGAACCACCAAAACCAACAGCUAAUGAAAUAUUGUUCGAAUAUUUUCCAAGGUACUCUGUUCUCAUUGCAUACAUUCAAGAAAUACUUAAGAAAGCAGACUUGACUUUAGGAGAUGAUGAAAGUUCUGUAUAUCUUUCGUUCCAGUUUCAAAUAGCAGAACUUUUGAGACAGAUAUGCUUAAUGUAUGACAACAUCUCUGAUUUCACAAGAUAUGAUGACGACCAUGACCCCGAACACGGUGAAGAAGAAGUUUUACAAACAUCCAAUAAGACAGGAAAGGUUUUAACUCAAAGUCUCAUUAUUGACACUAAAGAUGGCGAAGUGGACGUUCUUCAAGAGCUGAAGAAAAAAUACUUCUUCGGGAGGUGGUAG